CAUGUGAAUUUCACUCGAGAAGAGUGGGCUUUGCUGGAUCCUUCCCAGAGGAAUCUCUACAAAGAUGUAAUGCUGGAGACCUACAGGAACCUCACUGCUAUAGGCUACAAUUGGGAAGGUCAUAAUAUGGAAAAGUAUUGUCAACAUUAUAGAAGACAUGCAAGAGUAGAGAGUCCUCAUGAAUGUAACAGUGAUCUCCUAAGACAUAAAGGAACUCAAACAGGAGAAAAACUUUAUGAAUGUAACCAAUGUGGUAAAGCCUUGGCAUAUAACAGUGAUCUCCAAAAUCAUAAAAGAACUCACACUGGAGAGAAACCUUAUGAAUGUAUCCAAUGUGGUAAAGCCUUUACAAAGAAGAGUAGUCUCCUAGUACAUAAAAGAACUCACACUGGAGAAAAACCUUAUGAAUGUAUCCAAUGUGGUAAAGCCUUUGCAUGUAAUAGUGAUCUCCAAAAAUAUAAAAGAAUUCACACUGGAGAGAAACCUUAUGGAUGUAACCAAUGUGGUAAAGCUUUUGCACAGAACAGUCAUCUCCUAAUACAUAAAAGAACUCACACUGGAGAGAAACCUUAUGAAUGUAACCAAUGUGGUAAAGCCUUUGCAGAGAACAGUAGUCUCCUAGUACAUAAAAGAACUCACACUGGAGAAAAAACUUAUGAAUGUAUCCAAUGUGGUAAAGCCUUUGCAAAGAGCAGUCAUCUCCUAAUACAUAAUAAAACUCACACUGGAGAGAAACCUUAUGAAUGUAACCACUGUGGUAAAGCCUUUGCAUGUAACAGUAGUCUCCAAAAACACAAAAGAAUUCACACUGGAGAGAAACCUUAUGAAUGUAACAACUGUGGUAUAGCCUUUUCACAGAACAGUCAUCUCCUCAUACAUAAAAGAGCUCACAAUGGAGAGAAACCUUAUGAAUGUAACCAAUGUGGUAAAGCCUUUGCAAGUAACAGCAGUCUCAUAGUUCAUAAAAGAACUCACACUGGAGAGAAACCUUAUGAAUGUAACCAAUGUGGUAAAGCCUUUGCAAAUAACAGCAGUCUCUUAGUUCAUAAAAGAACUCACACUGGAGAGAAACCUUAUGAAUGUAACCAAUGUGGUAAAGCCUUUGCACAGAACAGUAGUCUCCUAGUACAUAAAAGAACUUACACUGGAGAAAAAACUUAUGAAUGUAUCCAAUGUGGUAAAGCUUUUGCAAAGAGCAGUCAUCUCCUAAUACAUAAUAAAACUCACACUGGAGAGAAACCUUAUGAAUGUAACCACUGUGGUAAAGCCUUUGCAUGUAACAGUAGUCUCCAAAAACACAAAAGAAUUCACACUGGAGAGAAACCUUAUGAAUGUAACAACUGUGGUAUAGCCUUUUCACAGAACAGUCAUGUCCUCAUACAUAAAAGAACUCACAAUGGAGAGAAACCUUAUGAAUGUAACCAAUGUGGUAAAGCCUUUGCAAGUAACAGCAGUCUCAUAGUUCAUAAAAGAACUCACACUGGAGAGAAACCUUAUGAAUGUAACCAAUGUGGUAAAGCCUUUGCAAGUAACAGCAGUCUCGUAGUUCAUAAAAGAACUCACACUGGAGAGAAACCUUAUGAAUGUAUCCAAUGUGGUAAAGCCUUUUUACAGAACACCUUUUUACAGAACAGUCAUCUAAUACAUAAAAGAACUCACACUGGUGAGAAAACUUAUGAAUGUAACCAAUGUGGUAAAAUCUUUGCAUGA